UCUUUGUAGGUCCAUUCAAGCCACUAAUCCUUGGGUUUCAUUUUGUACCAAUGGCCACAAGUUGGAGUUAUUAAUCUUCUGCAUCUUCAUCAGCUUCAUCAUCUUCUUCUUCACCUCUCUGAUCCCUUAUUCUCUGCAACUCCGGCAGAAAAUGGACAAAUUCGAGCUAAUUUUCAUACCGGCGCCGGGGAUGGGCCACAUCGCCUCCACCGUCGAAAUGGCCAACACUCUCGUCACACGAGACCGCCGUUUCUCGGCCACAAUCCUCGCCAUGAAGCUCCCCUACGACCAAAAAGUCGCCGAAUCCAUUCACUCACUUUCCACUUCUUUCGCCGACAAACCCAUCCAAUUCCUCGUCCUCCCCGAACCGCCCCUCCCACAACAUUCUAAAAACGACUUCAUUCUACUCGUCGAAAGCUACAAGCCUUUCGUCGCCGACGCCGUCGCAAAACUCGCCGACGCCUCGCCCCGCCUCGCCGGACUCGUCGUAGACAUGUUCUGCACCACCAUGAUUGAUGUGGCUAAAGAAUUUGGGAUCCCUUGUUAUGUGUUCUUCACAUGCAGCGCUGGGUUUCUUGCUUUCAGUUUUUAUCUUCAGGAGCUGUACAGUAGUAGUGGGAAUGGCAGCAAUGAGGCUGUGGAAAAGUUGUUGAAUUCUGAUGCUGAGUUGGGUUUGCCUUGUUUUGUCAACCCGGUUGUUCCUAGUAGAGUCAUUCCCAGUAUCUUUUUCGAUGAAAAUAAGGCUGUUUGGUUUCAUAAUCAUGUUCGAAGAUUUAGAUCCGAAGUCAAAGGGAUUUUGGUUAAUACAUUUGUGGAGAUGGAAUCGCGUGUGAUGGAGUCCAUGUUGAGUGGCUCAUUCUCCCAAGUCCCGCCGUUGUAUUGCGUUGGACCCAUUUUGCACUUCAAAGAAGACACUGAUGGUGUUGGAUCGGAUGUGUUGAAGUGGCUCGAUGAUCAGCCUCUGUCGUCUGUGGUGUUUGUGUGCUUUGGGACCAUGGUGAGCUUUGAUGAGAAUCAGAUGGAGGCCAUCGCGCAUGGGCUUGAGCAAAGCGGGGUUCGCUUCGUGUGGUCCAUUCGACAGCCCCCGCCCAAGGGUAAGUUUGAAGCACCGUGCAACUAUGCCGACGUCAAAGAUGUGUUGUCAGAGGGGUUUCUCGACCGAACGGCAGGUAUUGGGAGGAUUAUCGGUUGGACGACACAAGUGGAGAUAUUGGGUCAUCCAGCCAUUGGAGGAUUCGUAUCACAUUGUGGUUGGAACUCGGUGCUAGAGAGUUUGUGGCACGGUGUGCCAAUGGCGACAUGGCCAAUGCACGCCGAGCAACAAUUGAACGCCUUUGAGAUGGUGGUGGAAUUGGGAUUGGCAGUGGAGAUCACGUUAGAUUAUCGAAUGAGUUUUAGCGAAGAGAAAGCAAGAAUAGUGAGUGCAGAGGAGAUAGAGAGUGGAAUCAGAAAAUUGAUGGGAGAAGAGAGCGAUGAGAUGAGGAAGAAAGUGAGAGCAAAAAGUGAAGAAAGUAGGAGAUGCAUAGCGGAAGGUGGAUCCUCCUUCGUUUCGUUGGGUCAUUUUAUGGAUAACGUUUUGGCCAACUUGACGGGAGGAGAAGACUAAAAAAUGUAGAGUUUCAUGUGCUUAAAACUAGGUAAGUCGUUUCAUUAAUUUUGUUGUAAAGAUCCCUCGUCUAGUUUAGUCUCUACUAAAAGUAGUAGACUUUACAUAUAGCUAGUGUGUCUAAUACAUCAUCGGGUGAGGGAUUCAAUUUCAUGAUCUAUUGGUCAUAGACAUGUAUUAAUUACCGUUGAACUAAGCUCAUGUGACCAUUAGUGUGUCCAUAUUGGUAAAGAGAAAGACUACAAAAAGGAGGAUUCGGAGAUUUAGCAAAGUUUUUAAUUGUUAUAUGAACAUGAUUGGAAUAAAAGAAAUAUAUACCAGCUGUGAAUGUA